AAGUUCAACAAGGCAAGCACACUAGACAAGUCUGUUCCUCCUGGUAGAUUGAAGCGAGGAGGAACAGAGAGAGCAAGGAGGUCAGGGAGAGCAGGGAAGAGCAAGGAGAGCAGGGAAAGCCGGGCAAUACCGGAGAAUCUGAGGUUUGGGGACUUGCAAUUUUGGACGACGGUGCAGGAUUCCAUGAGAUGCCUAUCCUCGCCAUCCUCAUCGGACUGUUGUACUUAAGUCACGUUGAAGCCCAGCCGGCAUGGGUGAGGGAGGACCUGAUGGAAAACUGUUACUUCAACUGGACCGUCCGGGACCGAUUCCAGCGCAUGCCGAUGACCAUGGGCAACCUCAUCGGCCUCAUCAAGAAGGUGGAACGGCAACCCAUUGCGUAUUACUGGGACGUUUUCACCAUGGCAGCUAAUCUACUUAGAAGAUUUCAGAUUGAUGGAUUGCAGUUUCUGCCCUUGAACCUCGGAGGAAGCAUCAUCUGCGCGCUGCACUGGAUGCUUUCGCACAGCCUGAACGACACGAGGCGGCCCGAGGAAGUUGAAGGCUGUCACGAUCGGGAUGGAAGACACAAGCGCCAUGCGAAAGGUCGCAAUACCACCCCAGACUACGAGAAGAGCUUCCACCCGCUGGAAUACGGCGUGGUCUACACGGACUACGGGACGGUGGCCGCCGGGCAAGUCCUCAUGGGUCUCGCCGUCAGGGACAGGGUCGCCAAUGUCAAAGUGGCCGACCUCUUCCGCGACAAGAGCGAAAUCGUCAAGUACCUCAAUUCCGAAAUUAAGAUGGAAGGCUGGAACCCCAUCCGGAACAAUGAACAGAGAGAGCGCAUGCAGAGUACCGUCAUCACGGCCUACUACGCUGCUACAAUCGCGGGUGAUUUGGCAAAGACAGCCGCGUACGACGCCGCGUCGGCGAACGGCUCGCAACAACUGAUUGGCCCAUCAGGCACGUGGAACUCCCUCACGCGGAUGGGGGAACACGAGCAGGUGAAUGAGACCUCCUCGUCCAGGCUCUACCCGUCGGAGUACGCCCUGGCCGACGAGAUGGACCGCGUCUCCCAUGCCACGCACGCGGAACUCUACGGAGGCAUCGACGGGCUGUUGCUGGCAGUAAGGAUCAAGGACUGGAAUAGUUGCUCCUUGAAGCUAUCGCAGAUCCUGGAAAUGUACUAUUCCGACCGAGGAGUCUCCCUCAACACGGAUCGCGUCUUUGGAGCCUGCAACCGAUUCAAUCUCACCGAAGCCUAUAGGGCAGAAUUGAGCAGUCAGACGCAUGCCAUGGCGUAUGCUCUCUACGUGGAGUCUUUCGGUCUCCUCCGUCCCCCAAGGGGAUCGUCCAUCAUAUCCAGAAUCAAUGAGUCGGUCCAGAAAGUUCUUCAGCAGUACUGGGCGUUCGUUGAGCAAAGCAAGGCUACGUCCUGCGGAACGAUGUGCCGGGAUAGCAAGAACCACCCACCGGCUCCGAACGUGGACCUGUACGUCAUUUUCGACAUGGACGGUAGUGAACAAGAACUUCUGGAGGCCAAGGAAGUAGUGGUCGAUCUCGUGAACCGACUGAACCUGGCCCCCAUGGGAACGAACAGGGUUGCCCUCAACAUCUCCGACAACCGGAGGAAUACCUCGACGUCUGUCUUUGACUUGGGACAGGAGUUCAACCCAGGGGGGUUUGCCUUCAAGCUGCUCAAAACGGAUUUCAGAAACGUCAGUUCGAGUUUUGACUUCGGGGACGCCAUGGCGCAAGUCCGUCGCCGGUUCCAGGAGGAACGCAAGUUCGAGCGGGACCAGAACCUGGGCGGGACGAACGGCAAGGUCGUCCUCUUCGUCGUGCCGAGCAGCAAGCCCGAGUCUAGUGACAAGGGCGUGGGGACCAUGGAGAAUAUGGUCCGGGACUUCACCAACGACUUUCCCGAAAUUCCCCUGUUGUUCGUCACGAAAGACGCUGGCUGGGACCGAUUUGCGAAGACACCCACCUGUGUCGCCAUGAGAGUCUUCCGCAACACCGGGGAAAGGUUAUACAGAGACGUCAUUGAAAACGUUCCCACCAGGAUGGUAUACCCGGGAUGCGGCCAGAGCAUCAGCGACGGGAAGGACAACAUCUUCAUAGGACUCCUCGUCCCGGGGACCACACGGUACAUGAUGUACCAUGGCUCCCGGUUGAAUGGCAGUGAGAAUCUCGUAUUCAAGGUUAAAGCGCACGACUCAACCAGCAACCUCACCGUGUGCUGGGGUCGCUACGUCCUCGACUUCGGUCGACUGCAGCCCGAGGAAGAUGGCUGCGGAAACACGUCGGAUGCGAAGAGGGACAAGAAGGUCAUGAUCGAAUUGAAGCACCCAUGCAGCCGGAACCGGGAGUGCGACCCCAUCUACAUAUCGGUCCGAGUCGCCAACGACUUCCAUCCCAGCAAGGAGCCCGUCUGCCUUGAUGCCGCCACAUGCCAUUUCCCCGACCAGAUUCAGUACUCCGUGCGACACAGCGGAAUGAAAUGCAAAUGAGCCGACCAUCUCUCAUCUCCAUAUUAGGAAGUUAACCUCAGCCUUGUAUAAUACACUAAUUUAUGUUUACCUCCACAUGAACAGCGCAAGCAGGAAAUUCAUGCAUCAAACUCCUUUGUUUUAAAUGUUGCGGGUUACUUGGACUGAUAUAACCCUGGUGCCAUUUGAAUGAGUCCCGUUGGAAUGAACCCCAAGGAACGAGUAUUAUACAUAUACAGAAUCCAUUCAAAAAAG